GAAAGGCGUGGCCGGAAGUCCUACUCGGGAUUCCGGUUAACGUUCCCAGACUACAAAGUAAAAAGUCAACGCGGAAGUUGGUUUUUUGUCACUUUGGAGUGACAUAAACAUCUACAAACUUGUUGUUCGAUACGAACAAACCUGAGCGCUCCAUCAUGGCCACCCAUGAAGUUUACUCCUCCACGACAGCACCCAACCCAAACUCAUCAUGUUUCCUGGUCCCGUCACCUCAUCUGGACAAAAAACGCUUCAUCGUCAAAAUCAUGGAAGUGCUGCUGUCCUUGGUGGCUUUCAUCCUGGAGGAGGUGGUCUACAGUUGCAUCGACUGCAUGGCAUUGGAAUUUUUUGAGUUUGUCAGCUGCAUGGCCUUCCUCUUCACCUUGCUGCUCCUCAUCCUCCUAUCCACAACCCUGAAGCUGAGGCUAGGAAUCUCCUGGUGGCCCCGCCUGGACUUUUUGUACACUGGUGCCAUGGCAUUCUUUUUCUUCCUGGCCUCCAUCGUGUUUGCCGCCAUCAACAGUGCCACGCCCCUGGAGAAGAGCGCUGUGGUGUUUGGCUUCCUAGCAACGGCAGCAUUUGUGUGUGACUUGGUCUUAUUUUGGAAGACUUAUGGGCUUCCCUUCGCCAAAGGUGAGAAGGCAGAGCCCAGUGAAAGUAACGUGUCAGCGGUGGAGGCUCCUGUGGAGACGGAGAAGCUGAACACAGACGCCAAAGCAACAGAAUAACGCUUUGUGUGUGAUGUGUGAGUUUGUGGGUCAGACAUGUUGCACGAUAAUCCACAAGGCGGCGCUGUAUCGCCCUCAACUUUUUCCAAUUCCUUGUACUACUGAGGUCUUCUAGCCAGCUGUGGGCGCCACUCAGGAAACCAACGAUUGUAAUCUGAUAGAUGAGCAGAUAUCCACUCAAUAUUCAGCUUUCAAGUUUAUUGUUGGAAGAGUUUCAACUGUCAACUUUUGUCUUUUCAUGCUUUCUGUCACUGUUGUGUAAGCAAACAAUCGCAGAUAGAAUGUCCUUGCUGACUACAAAUUCAAGCAAAACAAAUGUAGACGAGUAGUACAGUAACAGCAAUAAAGAUUGUACAUAUUUGUAAUAGAACUACACAAAUUGGUAAUUGGCAAUAUUUAAGAUAGAGCUUCUUCAAAUGUUUUUGUUCAUGGACAAUUCCACAUUGGUUUAAAAAAAACCUUAGUAUUUGUGUCAGAGAUACUUCAACUUUCUUCAAAGCCUAACAACUUGAAGCUGUGUGUCUUAUGUCAGUUUUUGUGUCAAAAUGCUGAGAUUUGUUUGUGUUUUCUUACUAUUUAGUUAGUUUUGUGGUACAAAGUUAGAAUACAAAGGUAGAAGUUUUGUGCAAAAUAAGAAUAUUGUGUCCUGUGAUUUUAAAACGUGUCACUAUUCAAAAGUUACAUUAAUAUCUUUUCAGUGGAUGUGGCUGUUUUUUUUGUUAUCAUUCAAAAUUGUCAAUUUUCGACAUGAAAUACUAAAUGCAUUUUUCAUUAACUGUAAUUAAUGUCAUAAAAUUCGGAAAUGAAACAAAUUUCAUAUUUCAGAUGUUAAACUCUUAUUAAAGACAAAUAUGUUUUUGUUUUCAAUUAAAAUAUAUGCCUAGAAUUUAGAUGGACUGCAAGUAAGAAACAAUGUAAUAAUGCAUCGUUUUAGUGGGUCACGUUUUAAUGUAAUAUAAUGGACAUUGUGUCAAAAGAGUGGCUUCUUGAGCUGCAUGUGUAUAUUCAUGUCUACUGUCAUAUAUUAAAAUGUCUUUA